UUGUCGAACUGGGGUUUCUAGUCCCUCCCGGCUUUCCGUUCUUCCAGGCCCGGCUGGCGGAGAUACCCGAGGCCGCCAUAUUGAAUAAGCAACCCGGCCUCUGAAGGGGUCGGUGUAUUGCAGACAAUUCUGCAGGGUAGCCUCCGCGGCUCCAGGGAGAAGCACUAUGUUAAGGAUACCUGUAAGAAAGGCCUUAGUAGGCCUUUCCAAGUCUUCUAAAGGAUGUGUUCGAACAACUGCCACAGCAGCAAGCAACUUGAUUGAAGUAUUUGUUGAUGGUCAGUCUGUCAUGGUGGAACCAGGAACUACCGUCCUUCAAGCUUGUGAGAAGGUUGGCAUGCAGAUUCCUCGAUUCUGUUAUCACGAAAGGUUGUCUGUUGCUGGAAACUGCAGGAUGUGCCUUGUUGAAAUUGAGAAAGCUCCUAAGGUUGUAGCUGCUUGUGCCAUGCCAGUAAUGAAAGGUUGGAAUAUCCUGACAAACUCUGAGAAAACUAAGAAAGCCAGAGAAGGUGUGAUGGAGUUCUUACUAGCAAAUCACCCACUGGACUGUCCUAUUUGUGACCAGGGAGGUGAAUGUGAUCUGCAGGACCAGUCCAUGAUGUUUGGAAGUGAUAGGAGCCGGUUUUUAGAGGGGAAACGUGCUGUGGAGGACAAGAACAUUGGGCCAUUGGUAAAAACCAUUAUGACUAGAUGUAUACAGUGUACUCGCUGCAUCAGGUUUGCAAGUGAGAUUGCAGGAGUGGAUGAUUUGGGAACUACAGGCAGAGGAAACGAUAUGCAAGUUGGCACAUACAUUGAAAAGAUGUUCAUGUCUGAACUUUCUGGCAAUAUCAUUGACAUCUGCCCUGUAGGUGCCCUGACCUCUAAGCCCUAUGCCUUUACCGCUCGGCCUUGGGAAACAAGAAAGACAGAAUCCAUUGAUGUAAUGGAUGCAGUUGGAAGUAAUAUUGUGGUCAGCACAAGAACUGGAGAGGUAAUGAGGAUUUUGCCAAGGAUGCAUGAGGACAUCAAUGAGGAGUGGAUCUCUGAUAAAACCAGAUUUGCCUAUGAUGGGCUAAAACGUCAAAGACUUACCGAACCGAUGGUCAGAAAUGAAAAGGGACUUUUAACACAUACCACCUGGGAGGAUGCACUCUCUCGUGUAGCUGGAAUGUUGCAGAGUUGUCAAGGCAACGAUGUGGCAGCAGUUGCAGGUGGCUUGGUGGAUGCUGAAGCCCUCAUAGCUCUCAAAGAUUUACUUAAUAGAGUGGAUUCUGACACCCUGUGCACUGAAGAGGUCUUCCCCACUGCAGGAGCUGGCACAGAUCUACGUUCCAAUUAUCUUCUUAAUACUACAAUCGCUGGUGUCGAGGAGGCAGAUAUUGUCCUUCUGGUUGGUACAAAUCCACGUUUUGAGGCACCACUAUUUAAUGCUAGAAUUCGAAAGAGCUGGCUUCAUAAUGACUUAAAAGUGGCCCUUAUAGGCAGCCCAGUGGAUCUCACUUACAGAUAUGACCAUCUGGGAGAUUCUCCCAAAAUUCUUCAAGACAUUGCUUCGGGUAGCCAUCCAUUCAGCCAGGUCCUACAGGAAGCUAAAAAACCAAUGGUGGUUUUAGGCAGUUCUGCACUCCAGAGAAAUGAUGGUGCAGCAAUUCUUGCAGCUGUUUCCAAUAUUGCUCAAAAGAUUCGGACAAGUAGUGGUGUUACUGGUGAUUGGAAAGUUAUGAAUAUCCUUCAUAGGAUUGCAAGCCAAGUAGCUGCUUUGGAUCUUGGCUAUAAGCCUGGGGUGGAAGCAAUUCGGAAGAAUCCUCCUAAAAUGCUGUUUCUCCUGGGAGCAGAUGGAGGUUGUGUCACUCGACAGGAUUUGCCAAAGGAUUGUUUCAUUGUUUAUCAAGGACAUCAUGGCGACGUGGGAGCUCCUAUAGCUGAUGUUAUUCUCCCUGGCGCUGCUUACACAGAGAAGUCUGCUACUUAUGUCAAUACCGAGGGCCGAGCUCAGCAGACAAAAGUAGCAGUGACGCCUCCCGGCUUGGCAAGAGAAGACUGGAAAAUUAUAAGAGCCCUUUCUGAGAUUGCAGGUAUGACUCUUCCAUAUGAUACUCUGGAUCAAGUGAGAAACAGACUGGAAGAAGUCUCUCCUAAUCUUGUUCGAUAUGAUGAUGUUGAAGGAGCUAAUUAUUUCCAGCAAGCAAGUGAACUUUCCAAGCUAGUGAACCAGCAGCUUCUUGCUGAUCCACUUGUUCCACCUCAGCUAACAAUAAAAGACUUCUACAUGACAGAUUCAAUUAGCAGAGCCUCACAGACAAUGGCUAAAUGUGUCAAAGCUGUUACAGAGGGUGCCCAUGCAGUAGAGGAACCAUCCAUAUGCUGAAACAUCUACUAAGGCCCAGCUAGUUAAUGGACAGUUAUGUUGGCACGAUCUCUUGAAGGUGUAUCUCUUUAAAAAAUAAUCUUGAUAUAAUAUUUAAGGUUGUACCAUGCUUUAUUUGAAAAUUAUAUUGCAAUUAUCAGAGAACUUUGAGGUUUCAAAACAACUAAUGUGUUGAAUGUAAAUGUUAAAUAGUUUAAUAAACAUUAUAUAGAGGACUUUUCAUGUAAAAGCACUGAUAAUCUUUGUGACAUAAAAAAGAAAGUCCUUAAAAUAUGAAUUUUUUUAUCUUCAUUGAUCACUUAUGCUUGUAAAGUGGAUAAAAUAAGAAUAGCUUCCAUUGCUCCUGUUCUAGUGCUAAAGAAAAGAUUUAAGUAUUCUGUCAAACUGGGUAAAUAGAAAAAAUACAUAUAAUAUAAUCAUAUAUCAGGUAUGUAUCUUGAACAACUAAUAAUAAUAGCUUAAUGAUUGUUCAGGAUUUUCUAUAUACUAAGCACUCUGGUUUUACCUGCAUCAUCUUGUUUUGUCCUUGUUACAUCCAUGUGAGACAGUAUUAUCUCAUAUUACAGGUGAAGAAACUGAAGCCCAGAGAUACUGGAUAGUUUGCCUGAGUCCACAGCAAAAAAAGUCAUAGAAUCAAACCUGGUUCUCUGACUUCAAAUUCAAAGCCCAUUGUCCUUAAGUGUUGGACAUAAUUUCUUCUCAUUAAUACAAAUUCCAUAGGUUGUUACCUCUAAGAAUUAGUAUUGAGAAGCUCAAUGGAUAACACAUUUUUGUUUUUUCUUACAUCUGUUUAUACAAUAUAAUGUCAUGGUGAUUUAUGUGAUUUUUUUCUUUGUAUAAUAGAUUGCACACACAGCCCUUGGAAUGAGUGAGGUCUCAAGAAAUAUAAUUUAGGUUCUCAUUGAUGUUCCAUAUUUAUUAUAUUAACACCGUCUGUAGUAUUUAAGUCAACUAAAUUACUCCAGUAAUAAAAGACAAAACUAACAGCUUUCAUAAUUUUCAAUUGUCCAAAAAAAAGUAAAAAACUUACAAUUAAUCUAGGAGAUGAUCUAAUGCUGUAUUAACUAUUUUUGAAAUCUUAUGUUCAGAAUCAUUUGUUUUAUAAUCUUUAUUCCUUUUUGCUUUCACUAGAGAUUUAUUAGCCCAACUAUAGGUUGCAAUUUUACUGAUAUGAGAAGAGGUAAAAUUUUUAGAAUAUAGUUUGUCAUCUUCAAAAAUUGCUCAGAAUUUGUCACCCAUAACAGCUUUUUCAGAAUUAUUUUAUUCAUUUCAGUCAUAAAGUUGUGUACUUUGUUUUAAAUUCUCAGUUGCCUGAAAUAUAACUUCUUCCUAAAAGACUUUGAGUUUAAUACAAACUCCUUAUCUCUCUCUACCUUUUUUACUCCUUAGCCUGUUGCUGACCUCACAGGGGCAAACACUUCGGUUUUUAUUUUACACAGUACUCUUCAGUGAAUGAGUAUAGACUUCAUAGGAUUCUUGGUGAGGGAAUGUUGCAUUCAGAUGGAGAAAUGGUGAUAUGACUAAGAUGGUCCAGGAUCCUAGGGCUGCCUUCUAGGCAGCAUGUGUUGAACUUGUAGUUUCAUAAAGAAUAUCUUGUCUGGGCUAAGUAGUACUUAUUAAAGUUGUUGGUUUUGCAUAAAGUAAAUAUGAAACUCUGUCCCAUGUGCACCUAUCAGUCACUCAAUACAAAAUAUUAAGGUUGAAAAGUGAAAGUGUUAGUCACUCAGUUGUGUCUGUCUCUUUGCUACCCCAUGGACUGUAUAGCCCACCAGGCUCCUUUGUCCAUGGAAUUCUCCAAGCAAGAAUACUGGAGUGGGUAGCAUUUCCUUCUCCGUUCUGUCACAUUGCAAGCGAAUUCUUUACCAUCUGAGCCACCAGGGAAGAGCCCAUAUCAAGGUUAUCAUGAGCAUAAACAUUGAAGAUGGUUGCAAGACUUUCUGAAGAAUGGAUCCAGAUAGAAGAAAAAUACAUAUAGAUAAGAAGAAUAACACUGUUGAUGGAAUUUUGAUUGUAAGCAAUGAGGGAGUCAACAAUGAAAAAACUGCAAAGAAUCAAGGCCGAGUCCUUUUAGGUGAAGAUGGCAAUCUGGAAAGACCCUGGAAUAGUACCAUUUAGAGAGGACCACAAAUGUGUGCCAUCAGAGCUUUAAGUACAUUAUGUCUAGUUAAAGCCAUGCUAAUGAUCGGUAUUAAGACCCAAGAAAUAUCAAAUAACUUGCCCAUUUUUACCCAGUUAAAGACUAAAGGCAAGAGUGUUUAACUAGAGAUAUUUUUACUGUUCCAUUUUGCCUCAAAAAAUGUUGUGGGCAAUUAAUAGAUACACAGGAAAAAUCUUAAAAGCCUUAACUCCAUACAGAAUGCCCCUCAAAUUUAUUGUGAAUUGUAUUAUAAUGAAUACAUUAAUAAAAGCAUUAGUAAUACUCAGUAUGCAAUAAUU